CAUCCAUGGCGAAUCACGCAAUUCAACAAGGAAUUUUGCGUAGAUGUUGAAAAAAACGUGUUGCUAGGGUAUAAAGCAAUCUUACCACUGAAAACUAGAUACGAGCCAACUAGCGAAAAUGACUUGAUGCUGAGAGGGUUGGAUACUUAUGAAAGAGUGUUGAAUGCGCUGGAUAAAGCUGUAACGAGGGCAGCGAAUCCACCGGAUGAUGCUAACUUUAUUCUUUUUGCUUUACAAAGAUUAAAGAUUUUAGACCCUAAAACGCUCUUGACUGACCUCCAAAAUGCGGCUGGACUCGAGCCGCCGAAAACAGUAUUCGAAAAAGCGAUCGACUGGCUGAAUUCCGCUAUUCGAAAUGAACGCAUAAAGCUAUUCAAUUAUGCGGAAUUCACAGAACUUAUGGAUAUUGGUCAUGGUGGAUUCGGUGAAUCAAUCAAACCACAAGAAGGAGCAUCAAAGGAAGAUAUGGAUAUCCUAGUUCGUGAGAUUAAAAUGUUGCACACAUUAAAUUAUCAUGAUAAUGUUAUUCGAUUUCACGGAGUUUCUUACAGUAAUUACAACGCAGCUCAACAAACACAUUACUUAGUAAUGCAAUACGCCAACGGUGGUACUCUUCGAUCAUAUCUGCGUAUGAAUUUUGAUAGCCUUACGUGGCAAGAUAAGCGACGAAUCGCCGAAGAAAUAGCAAAUGGAUUAUAUU